GAGCAACACGUGGCGACGGGAUACCCGGGCACAGCCUGGGCUGCUCUGGGAGGAAACACCCUUCCCAGGGCUGUGUUGGAGACAUGUGAGUCUGGGGAGAGCCCAGCGAGCAGCCUGCCCCUCACCCCUUCUGCCCGAGGAGCCCUCCCUGUGCCCAGCUGCUGUCAGAAGUCAGGUGGACAGCCAGAAAAGCACGCAAGUUAACAGUUGCUGCUGCUUACAGCAACAAGGAAGAAUUAGGAGUGCAGACAAGAAGCAGCUUUACCCUAAGAACUGCUUGAAGCUGAUGCCUGUAUCCUACAGCUGCUCAGCUGGCUGGGCUGUAGGACACCAAGUGACCCUUCAGAAGGCCUGCAUGCCUUGCUUUCCCUCUCAAGUAGAAACUGGUCAGCAUCAGACUCCACACAGGAGAUGAUCCCCCCAAAGGAGAUUUCCAUGUUCAGAAAAAAUCUCCGACACAGGCUAUCAACUUCCACAGUAUUUCUAAGAGCUCCAUAAUCCUGCACAUCCCAGGCUUACAGUGGUUAGCUAAGCCCAGCAGUGUAGCUGUGUGCUCGUGAAUCCAGGCUUAGCCUCUUUGCUUUUGCUGGGGCUUUCUGCUGAGCAAGGUCCUCCUCUGCAAAAGUGAGCAAACUGCAGCUGGCUCUUCCCAUGGAUGAAGGCUGCCCACUUUUGGAUGUCCAGGCAGGCCCCAUGCAGAAACUCUGUGGCUCCAACUACCCUCUGAGCAUCGCCUUCAUUGUGGUGAACGAGUUCUGCGAGCGCUUCUCCUACUAUGGCAUGAGAGCUGUCCUGACGCUGUAUUUCAUAAGCUUCUUCCACUGGGAUGAGAAUCUCUCCACUGCUGUGUACCAUGCCUUUUCUGCUCUCUGUUAUUUCACACCUGUUAUUGGAGCCAUCAUGGCAGACUCGUGGCUGGGGAAAUACAAGACAAUCAUCUACCUCUCCAUUGUGUAUGUGGUCGGCCAUCUGAUAAAGUCAGUCGGUGCAAUUCCAUCCCUAGGCAACCAGGCAGUUCAUGUGGUCCUGUCUAUGGUUGGUCUGUUUUUGAUCGCCCUUGGAACGGGAGGUAUCAAGCCCUGUGUCUCUGCAUUUGGUGGGGACCAGUUUGAAGAGGAACAUACCUCGGAGAGAAGCAAGUUUUUUUCCGUCUUCUAUUUAUCCAUUAAUGCUGGAAGUUUGAUCUCUACAUUUGUAACGCCUGUAUUAAGAGGGGAUGUGAAAUGUUUUGGAGAGGAUUGUUAUGCACUGGCUUUUGGUGUCCCAGCAGCACUGAUGGUGUUGGCGCUUGUUGUGUUCAUAGCUGGAAGUGGACUGUACAGAAAAACACCACCACAAGGAAAUGUCUUACUUGAAGUGUGCAAAUGCAUUGGGUUUGCAAUUAAAAACAGGCUGAAAAACCGCUCCCGUCAGAUUCCAAAGAGAGAUCACUGGCUUGACUGGGCAUCAGAACAGUACUCGAAACAACUGAUUGCGGAGGUUAAAAUGGUGACACGGGUUCUCUUUCUCUUCUUACCACUGCCGAUGUUCUGGGCCCUGUUUGAUCAGCAGGGAUCCAGGUGGACUUUGCAAGCUACAAAGAUGAACGCUGACUUUGGAAUAUAUGUCCUUCAGCCUGACCAAAUGCAGUUCUUAAAUCCACUUCUUAUUCUUGUCUUCAUCCCGAUUUUUGACCUUGGGCUCUAUCCUCUGAUAAGCAUGUGCAAAUUUAAUUUCACACCUAUUAGGAAAAUGGCAACAGGUAUGAUCCUUGCAGGGAUGGCAUUUGGACUUGCAGCCAUUGUAGAAGUCAAAAUAAAUGAAACCGAUAUGCCUCAACUUGUCCCAAAAGAAAGUUUAAUUCAGGUCCUGAAUUUGGCAAAGAACCCAGUUCAAGUGACAAUCCAAGACCAGAACCUAUUUCAGCAGCCAGUGGAGGCUUUCCAGAACCCAGAUGAGUACUCACAUUUAAUAUUGAAUGGAGAGCAACAGAGCCUUCGCUUCAUCCUGCAACAUCAAGGAUCAUCUCUUGCUUUUAACUACACUGUGAAGGAAAAAUCAGUGUACAGUUUAAUUGUUUUUGAGGCGGAAGGAAGCCUAUCGAGUCGCUUAAUUACAGACUUGGAAGCAAAGCCAGAAAAUGGUUUGGCAGCUGUUAGAUUCAUUAAUGGUUUGAGCCAAGAUGUCAACCUCACCAUUGACAGCAAACAGUUCACACCUGUUCAGAGAAACUAUGGUGUUUCUGGGUACUCGCUGGUAGAGAGGGACACAUAUGAUAAUGGAAAAUGCAUAACUGAAACUGGGGAAUUCACCCUGGACCUAGGGCUGCUUGACUUUGGUGCAUCGUACACUGUUGUGAUAACUAAUGUUUCUGGAGGUGCGGUUCAGACAUGGAAGUCAGAAGACAUCAAAGCCAACAAUGUCCAUAUGGCUUGGCAAUUACCACAGUACUUAUUAAUAUCUGCUGGAGAAGUGAUGUUCUCCAUUACAGGUCUGGCCUUCUCCUAUUCUCAGUCUCCAGCCAGCAUGAAGUCGGUGCUGCAAGCAGGCUGGCUGCUCACAGUGGCUGUUGGGAAUACCCUGGUGCUUGUUGUUGCCCAGGCUGCACCUAUGGCACAGUGGGCUGAAUUUGUCUUGUUCACUGUUCUACUCUUUGCUGUGUGCAUUAUUUUCUCCAUCAUGGGAUAUUUCUAUGUCAGUGUGGAUCCAGAGGACCUAGAAGAAAAGGAAGAGAAGAGAGAGACCCCAAGUAGAGGAAACAUGAUUAGUCUCGUUACUCAGAAAACGAAGCUCUAACACAUUUUGGGUUGGGAUCCUUUCUCUCUCUUUCUCUCUCUUUCUCUCUCUUUCUCUCUCUUUCUCUCUCUUUCUCUCUCUUUCUCUCUCUUUCUCUCUCUUUCUCUCUCUUUCUCUCUCUUUCUCUCUCUUUCUCUCUCUUUCUCUCUCUCUCUCUCUCUUUCUCUCUCUCUCUCUCUCUUUCUCUCUCUCUUUCUCCCUUUUUAAUGUUUUUUUUUUUUUGUUGUUUUUUAACUCAGUAGAUGGUAGGGUGAAAGAAGAAUGGGGACGAUGUUAUUUUAUAGUACUGUGGUCUUUAUUACUCAUAAUGUAGCUGCCAUCUAAAUGGGACAAAGUAGUCCUCUAUAAAAACAGUAGGGGUCCUGAAAUCAGAGCAAAAUUCCCUGGGAGAAGUCCUGUGCUAUUGAAUACCCAUAUAAGUAAAGACAAUGGAAUUUAGAACCUGUCCAUCUUUCUAAGCAAGGAACGUUUUCCUAUAAUUUUAUUUUAAGUAUACAUUUAGGGCAGCAGAGAGGAAGGGUGGAGAGCAUGCCAGCAAAAGUUGGAGAUGCUUGGAGGAAAGGAUGAAAAAUCCAGUAUGGGAUCAGGGAAGAACAGAUGUUACAGAUGGAAGAUUUUUUUAUUUUUAUUUUUUACUGCAAUCAUCAAAGACUGGAAGAGUUACAAUCCCCCAAAAUUUCAUCAUGUAACUCUCUUUAUGAGUAUUUCACCCCAUUACUGCAAAUUAUGUUUGGUCCUGAUUUAUGACUUUCACCUCCAGGCCCAGAAGUAAUAACAGGGAAUUAAAUGCUGCAGGCUAAACUAUUCCCAAAGCACUACUGAACAAGAUAUGCAUUCUACCAUCUCUCUGAUAUACGGUACUUCUUAGAAGUCUGCAGCAACUGAUAGUAUUCUUUGAUUAGACAUGAUUAGAGAAUUGGUUUACAUUUUCGUACUUUAGGAAUCUAAACUGUUGUUUGUAAUCUUCCUAUAUAUAAAGUCUACAUUGGACAUUUCCUUUAACAGUACCUGCCACUGCAAGUUAGGGUAUGGCUGUUUUCUUAUCUCAUGCUUCAGUUAUUCUCCACUGGGAGAAACACUGCAGCAGUUUCUAUAAAAUUCCAGGCAUCCUGCAGUGACUUAAACAAGGAAGCACUUUACCAUCUUUUUCCAAUCUACAAAAGGAUACUGUGGCAUAUGAGAUUUUUCUUUUCCUACCUGAUUUUUGUCUCUCUACCCAUGUAGGUAUGUAGGUAUUUUAGUGGAAUUGUGAGAGUUAUCUGAUUUUUCUUGCUUGCAUGAAGCUGUGAAUUUUCUUGUCCUACAUUCGAACUGUUUCAACCAUUGCCAAUCUAGUAAAACUCCUUGGACAGUUCCUGCCUUCCUCUGUCACUCCAAGGCUGCAGCUGUGACAAGUAUGGCCUAAUUUACAAAAAGACUGUCAAUAGGGUCUUCAGGUUCCCAGAGAAUAGAUUUUUAAUGAUGCUUUCCUCUUCCAAAUCGGCAUUGGUCAUAUCAUGAAAUACUUGCUUGAUUUCCACCCUGAACAGGAGCGUGCGAAGGAAUAUGCUUAGCUUAACAUCACCGGUGCUUUAAUUUGCUGCCACGUGUGUGUUCCUGAAUAAGACUGAGACAGCGUCACUUUUUGGUUUGUCACUGGAACACGCAGUCUCGGAUUGUUUCCUUUCCUUCCUGUCCUAAAUGGCCAUGAGGGUGCACCACUUGUCCUGCAUAAGCUCCUGCCUGCUGUGAAAUAGCAUCUGGGUCUUGCGCCAGAGGGGGACCGUGGUCUCAGACAAAUGACAACAGGCUGCGGGUGUGCACACAGAAGUGCUUAAUGUGCUUCAGUUGAUGCAGAGCCAUUUAUUAAGCUGUGGUAGCUGGAACCGGGCGGCUGAGCCCUGCGACUAAGUGGGAAUGAAGGGCAUUGAAAGCCAUCUAUUAGGUCAUCCAACCUGCUCCUCGGAAGCCAAGUCGGGAUUAUUCCCUCCACUCCUUUCUGGUAUUGUUCUCUUGCCAUGAAUCUGUGUGUGUUCUUUCUCCUCCAGGCACUGUUGUUUUCCUAAUCCUGUUUUAUGAUACGUUGCGAAUCAGCUCAGAGGCUGCUGAAUCACUCUGCUAUGAUGCUGUUUGACCGGCUUCCAAUUUGAAGCGCUAAUAGAAAGCAUUUUGUCCCCUCCUCCCCCCACCAACAAAACAAAAAAACCCCCACAAACGGAAGGAAUGGACAGGCUCCAGUAGUACUGAACAGACCCAAUUUAGAAUUAUUGGAGCAUUUAAUUUUUUAUAAGCCUUGAAUUUGGAAGUGCGUUGAGGUUCGAGGGCAUCUGCGGUGAAAAGACAGCUGAGAAUUAUUGGAGUGCUCUCCUUGGGAAGCACUUGGUGCAUCUCAGCUUGAGGUGGCGUGAGGGAAAUCAAGGUGCUCAAAGACGUGAUCUUUAAGACUGCGUGUGCUCAAAAACCUCUUGGUUUUUAUGUUUUAUUUCCUCACUGGCAGCAUUACCAGAAGCUGUCACACAUUCUGAGCUUAAUUUAAAGGAAGCAUUCCAAACUCAUAAAAGAUACAUUUAGGAUGUCAUCUGUAUCUGCUUUUUAGUCUCCUGAUGCCAAAUUGUCCCCUCCCAAACAUCUCGACGUUCCAAACCAUCGCCAUAAUGCUGUGGGGAGAAAAAUUGCAAUUUGUGGUUGGGAAGGUUAAGAACGUGAAGUCAACGCUAUGAAUAAAGUGCUAACAUGAGGCUGGGGGGGUGCUGCAGCCCCUUGGGAGAAUUGCUCCAGGGAGUGGAAGGCUCUGCUUGUGUUCCUCUUCUAGCUGAUGGACUUCCUUCUCCCCCCCUGCUCAUCGUCACCUGCUGGAAGUCACCUCCUCCUCUGCUCUGCCUGCUCGGUGGUUGGUACGGCCAUUCCUUACUGCUUCAGCUACGGUCAUAAAGCUUUGCUAACUUGACCCAUUUAUUGAAAUGCACUGCAGUUGGGAAAGAUUUCCCCUGAGCGUGCUGGCAACCAGCAAGGAGCAGGCUAGGGGCUGUAAUGAAGAGCUACAAGGUUGCAAAAUGGCACCUUCAGUAUAGCACUUCUAUUUUAGAGCUACAGCUCCAUCCUUGCAGCCCUUUCAUCACCUUCAAAUGGGCUCAGAGCAGGAUCAAAGAUCUGGGACCUGAUUCUGUAAAGUAUUGAGGUCUCAGGGGUGUUCUUCCUUACAGACAGCCCAAAGCCAGGGCCAUGCACAGCUCUUAACUCCCAGUUUGAGGAAAGUAUUCCUUAUUCCUAUUGAUCGUUUGAUUUGGUAUCAGAAGGGGAAGCCAAAAUAGUGAUAGUAUAUGUAGAGCUGUGCACACCCCUAUGGGGAAACAGCAGCCUGCUGCCUGUCCAGCUUUGCCUGUCACUUUCAGCAAGUGAUGGAGUUUGUCCCGGAGCAGAUCAGGGAUAGCUCACACCAGCUGUUUUGGAGGCUGCCCUACAGAAAUGAUCAUCUCCAGCUAAGGGACAGCAAUGAGCUGACGAAGAUCUAUAGCACAUCACUGUGCAAGCCUUCAUGGAGAGUGCAGGGAUUUGCCCCGCUGUGGAUGCACACGUAUUUGCUUUGUGGAAGGAUGCAUUCUGAUCAAGUCUUUUAGUGUAGCAAACUUCCCUUCAGUUGUGCUGGCUGUUGUCCAACAUAUUUUUCCUCUUAGCAGGUUGUAAGUGUGGCCAGUGGUAUUUCCUUCCAGCUUUGUAUGAGAUAAGCAUAAAAAUGAGAUUUCAAACUCUGCAAAAACAACUUCUUGGCUAUGAGUCCCUUAAAUUUACCUCUUCUUUCUGAGGCACCAGGAUGCUAUUAGGAAGCAAGCUGUGCUAUGCAGCUCAAGGGGUUUGCAUCUCUCUUCUUCCCUCUGCCUUUCCCCAUGGAGUCCUAUGACUACAGAAGCUGUGUUUUGUGAUUUUUAUUUUUAUUUAUUUAUUUUUGGGGGGAUAAAAAGAAGUGUCGCUUACACAAGGACAAUCUUUACUUUCAUUAGACUGAGCCCACUCAUUUCUUCAGGUUCUCAUGCUAGAGUUGUCUGUGAAAGAUGUGGUUUUCCUGAGCAGUGACCUACAUGCAAGCUUUAUUGUGAAAGUGAAAUGUGAAUGAGUGAAAGGAAGGGUGCAGUGAUGGGAAGAAGAGGAGGAGAGGAGGCUGUGCUCCUGGCAAUGCUCCACCACCCAUGGUGGCCACUACCUUGGCUUUCUUUGGGACAGAAGAACCAGCCGAGGUGUAUCACAGAGAAUGGCAAUUAAUGGGUAGUUUUAGCCAGGGCUAUAUGAAGAAAGACAACCUUUUCUUUGUGCUGAAUUUCUUUUCCCAGCCUAGGAAAUGCUUUCUAGCAACAGUAGCUUAAACCUGUGAAGUCAGCUUCAUGGCAAAUACCACAGCUGCUGAAUUUUGGAUGAUAGCAGCCUCUGCAUUUUGUUAGCACAUUUGUUAUUGUGAUAUGAACAACAGGGUUUAAGAAAUAUUUCUAGUUCCAGCUGGUUUUAGCCUGGUCCUUCAUGUCAGUGUGUGUGAUAAACCUGUCAUGCAGAAGAAGAUGGUGUGAGGCCUUUGGGUUUCCUGAGCAAUUUGGGAAAAACAAAAGCAAAAUCCCCAGUGAAGCUGCUGAAGUAGGGACUGCAGCACUGCUUCCGUUGGGGCUGCCUGCGGGUUCCAUAAGGCAGGGCCCUCACUCAGCUUUCCAGGAAGACAAAAACUGGGGGCACUCAAAUGUUUUGCCCUGAGUAGGGUUUGUGCCACAUUACAGAAAUGGCAUGAAGAAAAUCGUUGCUUUGCUCUUAACCUCUCCUUCCUUGCCAUCUUGGGUGGUUAGUAAGAAAGCAAACAAGUUGUCUCCUAUUGAGCUCUGAAUCAAGCUGCUGCUGCAUCUCCUCAAGGCCUUUCCAUGCUGUGUUUUACCAGGAGAUCAAUGUGAAUCAGUGUCUGUAGACCAGAACCCAGCAGUAUAGCAACUAGCAGCCAAGCUGGCGAAAUGACAAGCAAGCGAACAUCACUUGUUAGAUUAAUUUAUGUCAUUGCAUGUGUGGUUUGACCUGUACAGUCUUCAUGGUUGGGCUGCUCUUUCAGCCUCCCACAUAUGCUGGAGGCUCUGGAGCCCCGGCCUCACCAGUUCAUCUGUGAUUCUUUCUCUUGUGAGGAAGAAGGAGAAAACCAAUCUGGGAUGGGCAUUUCUUCCUGCCCGCUUGUCCUGACUGUGGUUGCUUUUGCUACACCACGCUGGGCAUCAGGCAGCCUGAGCAAUGCUUACAUUUUGCCCUUUGCUGUCUGUAGCCUUUCUUUUGGAACUAAUGUCACAGUUUUUCUUUUUUUUUUCUCCCCCAAAGGCUGUUCUGAGCACUGCACUCUCUUGCAUGAAAUAAAUAAAUGGCCCUGCCUGUUUGCUGGCAGAUGGUCCAUCCAUCUUCUGCCAUAACUUUAGAGCUGUGAAGAAUCCCCCUGAGCUCGUGGUGCCAGCAGAGUCCUUUACAUCCCUGCUGGAGGAGCUCUCUGGCUCUUCCUUGCACACCCUUUGUACGUGCUGGUUGAAACCAAAGGACUUAUGCUUUGUUCCUCGCAGUGCUCCUCAAGCUGCUGUAAUGUAAGCUCUGAGUUCCCACUUCUGUUGGAGCUGAAAACUAUUAAAAGCCAUUGAGUGCUUUACAACUAGCUGGUUUUGUACAGUAAAAUCUUUUUUUUUUUUGUAAUAUCUUGCUGCUUUCAUAUCCGCUGCUUGCAGCUAUGAUGUGAAACACUGCUCCAGCCUUCUCCUGUCACCCCCCACUCUUCUGGAGGAGGCUUGGCUUUUAGCUUUUCCUUAUCUUAAAAUCCUUAUCUUUGGUCAGUUUAGUCCUGGUGCCAUUCAUUGUCCAGCAUCCCCUGAAACCUUUCUGUGAAGCACUGGGACAGUUUGCCCAGAGUAGUGGUGGGUGUCCAUCCCUAGAGAUACUCAAGGUCAGGCUGCACCAGGCUCUGAGCACCUGAUCGAGCUGUGGGUGUCUGUGUUCUUUUCAGGUUGGACCAGAUGGCCUUUAAAGGUCCCUUCCAACACAUAUGAUUCUAAGCCAGGAAUCCCAGAUGAUCUUUUUGGAUUUUUGCUUGUGUCUGCUCAGCACCUCUUGCUGGUGUCACUAACACAGCUCCCAGGGCCCAUCCAUAGGCUUACUAGAUGAGAGGAGUAGAGAAGUCCUCCCAGUGCAUCUAGAACAAAUCUCUCACUUCUGAAAGCUUGGAGUGCAGAGAAGGCCUUUCUUUACUCUUCCUUCCACUGACUCUGUUUUUUCUUGCUGGCAGUCAUCCUCUCAGCUCCCAGUUGGGUCUCCUAGUAGUGACAGUUCACUCUAAGGGAACUUCUGCCUCCAAAAUGGGGUUUGACCAGUCUCAUGGUAACACCCAUCGUGGGGUUCAUCUUGCCUGUUCAGCGCUCAUCGGAUCAUUUGAUUUGGAAGGGAUCUUUAAAGAUUAUCUAGUCCAACUCCCCUGCAAUGAACAAGGACAUCUGCAGGUAGAUCAGGUUGCUCAGAGCUCCGCUGUUGUUCCAGGUCUCUGCUAUGGUUUCUCCUCCUUUCUCUCUCACCAGUUUUGCCUUCUUCAUCACAGCGUCCCAUUAGCAGUGCGAUGCCUGGAGGCUGAGUGCCCUUCACACCACGGAUCUACAGGCAAAGUAAACUCAGCAAAUCAGUAGGGUAGACUUUGACGGCUCCUGUCUUCAUCAAAGACUGAGAUCUAAUGAGGUCCCUUUGAUAAACUGAGCUGAUGGGCCAAUUUGGCUUGCAUAUGCAGUAUUACAGGCCUCAUGGGGCUUAUCAUUAAAAGACAUAAGAGAAUGCAAUUACUUAGAGAGCUACGAGGAGAUUGCUGUAAGCCACUAGUCCCUGCUUUGUCAGAACAAAGCGGAACCUAAUGGCAGGGUGGCAGGAGGCAGCAGGCAGCCUAUGUUUGCUGUGGGAGGCAGAUUGUGUCCUGCAGGUUUGGACACAUGCAAUAGCAGAGAGGGCAGGGUGCCACUGCAGCCCCUUGGUCCCUGAGCUGUUUGCUCCAGAAGUGAAACCUCGUUCCCUUUUCACCCAGGUGGCUGCUUUAUCUCUUUCUACAGUUUCUUGUGUUUCUAAUUCCACCCGUAAACUAUGGUUGUCUUUGAUUGCGGCAAGAUAGAUUUCAGCUGGGUUCCUCUGCCAGAGCCUAAUCAAACCCUGACCUGCAUAGGGAGCUCAGUGCAAUCUGGCUGCUCUCUGCUUCAAACCCUCAGGCCUCGGGCUGGAUCCCGACCCAGCAGGAAGAGCUCUGUUAGCUUAGGCUCUGAAUCAAGCCCUGAAGAUGAGAAAUGCCUGGCUGGACACAAAUGCAAUUCUCCUUGUUUUCUUUUUUCUUUCAGGUUACUGAGUCAGAGCUGGAUGGCAUAUGUAAUUGUAGCAGAUCUAUUCUUUUGUCUUUCUCUCUUUUUCUUUUUUUUUUAAAGGAACAUUCAUGAUGCAUUUUAAUCACAACAUUUAGAAUACAUCCAAAUAGCUCGAGCUCAAAUAGAUCUUGUUUUUCAGCCAGAAAGCUUGUUUUUCAUCUAUUAUAAUAAUAAAUGUGCUAUUGAUAACAGCUUAGAUGCAAUUCAGCACAGCUUUGUGCUGUGCAUUGGCUCUGGAGGGCCAAUAUUUUCUUAUUAUCCAUUAUUGAUAUGACACGUUGCAAAUAUUUAACAAACAAAUGAUUGGGUUUUUCCUCUUAGUUUGCAGUCUCAUUCUUUCUGACGGCUUUUUGACAAGUCAGGAUUAACGAUGAUCUUGUUUAAGACAAUUGAUGGCUGGCAGGUUUAUUCUCUGAACCUACCAGUGCACUCAGAGAACCAGCGCUGGGACUUUCAAUUAAAUCUCAUCCUUGAAGCAAA